GCCACUGGUCAAUUCUUAUGAACAAAUCUCCAAAGUUUUUUACAAUAAUAACCAAAUAAACAGUUUCGUAUGUGUAGGAAAAUAAUAUAUUUAGUGCAGGAACUAACAGUGUUUCUUUUUAAGUGAAUUUUACGCGUGGAUGUAUUUCUAAACAAAAGAAUUAAUUGGAUUUAUUUAUGAAAACAGUUACGCUAUAAUGGAGACGGCCGAACAAGGCCACACGUCCGAGAUGGACAAUUCUCCUCAAGAUGAGGAAAUGAUAAAUGCAAUAAAGAGAAGAACUCGUGAGAUUUAUCGAGUUAAAACUGGGAAAGCCAGAGAAACUCCACAAAGGCCUGUGCAACGAGAUGUUGAUGAAACAGGACCAAGUGAUAUUGACAAUAUUGGAGAGGGGUCAACCGGAAAUGACCUUACAAUGCAAGCAUUGUGGGAUAAAAUAUCUAACAUGGCCGAUGUAAACAAACGGCAGAUAGAAUCCCAUACAGAGAUUAUUGCCAAUUUGGCUGCCAAUAUGCUUACCGUGCAAGACGCGGUUACCAACAAAAAUGUCCAGAAAACGAAAACAAACAAUAAUACGCAAAAGGACAAAGCUGACAACGAGGUUAACCUCAUAAACAAUAACAAUCAAAGUGAUCUGUCAGAUAAUGGUCUGGAAGAUAUUUCCGACGAUGACGAUGAUGAGUUAAACAUCGAUGAUAUUGUUGACGCAAAUGACGAUGCGGAGAAUAAUAAAGCUUUUCUAGAUGAACUAGAGAAAAUGUACGAAGAGCCUAAGAAAUUUGGUGACAGUAUAGAUAAUCAGAUGGCUAAAUUGGUAGAUCAGGCUAUAAAUAAGCCAAUGAAAACAGAAACACUAACAAAGUUAGAGGAACAGUAUUUAGUUCCAGAAAACUGUAAACGCCUUCAGGUUCCCAAAGUUAACAAAGAAAUUUGGAGAGGGUUCAAGAGUAAGAAACAAAGGGAUCCAGAUUUGGCACUACAAAAUGUGCAAAAAUGCAUGACAACUACUCUUCUAAUGGUAGUUAAGUCUUUAAAUGUUAUGAAAUCUGGAGGGGACAUGAAUGAGGUUAAAAACACAACAAAAGACAUGUUUAAAAUGUUAACCCAUGGUAUAUAUACAUCAAAUAGAAAACGCAAACAGCUAAUAACGCCAGGAAUUCCUAGUAAAUAUAGAAGGGUAACAGAGGUGGACACACCAGUUACAGAGUACCUUUUCGGGGACAAUUUAGAUACAAAAUUGGAAGACCUUGAAAAAGAAGACAGGAGGACAAAUAAACUCAGCUUUAAUGACUCUUUUUUAGAGGAACGCAGAGUGGAGAAACUUCCAGGACCUCCAUGGCAAAAACCACCCUAUUUUCAGCCAAAGCAUGCAAAAACUUCUGGACAAGUACAUGGACAGAAGGGCAACAAGAACAAGAAGAUGAAGGCCGGAUUUCACAACAAAGACAAACGUUAAGUUGUCAUAGGACAGGUGCUUCAGAAAAUCAUCAAGGACAAGUUAGACAAAGUAGUAUUGAUAGCACCACUUUGGCCAACACAAAUAUGGUUUCCGCAAUUAUUACAACAGAUCAGUCAACAAUCAUACAUCCUGCCGAAAAACAGUCUCUUUCUACCACAGGAUCUGAAACGAAUUCAUCCAAUUUCAAACCUCCGUCUGGGAGCUUUUAUCUUGUCCGGGAAAACUUGGAAAAUAAAGGACUUUCAACACUCACUGCGGACAUCAUUUUACAAUCUUGGAGGCAAUCUACAGGAAAACAAUAUGGGACUUA